CGUUACUAAAUACUUCCUACGAUGAAUCGUUCUCAGGUGCCUCUCUCCGUUAUAUACUCUUUGAUUUAUUCACAUACAAUCGAUAGAGUAUAUCGACAUGGUAAAGCACCUAAAAGAAUUUUGGCCGUUGGCUCUUGAGUGCCAAUCCAGUAUUUAUUGUCGGCAUUGUUGUGUAUGUAUUUAAAUUUCCAAAUCUUGAUUAUUGUCCAAUUUAUGAUUGGUUAAAAAUGGUCAUUUAUAGUUUGUUAUCACUGAAGUCGUUUAGAAACUAUGUUCAUCAAUACCAUGAAAAAAUUACGUUUAAUGAAACCAUGUUAAAUGAAAUAAUAUCAAUAACAAAAUUGAUCAACAAACAAGAUUUAAGAAGAUCAAUCAAAAUCAUGCUGAACAAUGAUGUAUUCAGAAACCUACUAUCGUCAAUACCAGUAACGUAUAAGCACAAUGUAAUGACAAAUACUUUAUUGAACUCAAUCAUUUCUACUGUUAUCGUCCCUAUUAUAACAAGAACAAUUGGUUCUGAUAUUGUUUGUGAAGUGACAGUUGCCUGUGUCAAAUGUGAUGCACAGUCAAAACGUCUAAAAAUUUAUUCAGUCAUUAUUCUACAAAAUGUUAAUAUGUUAUUCGAUCUUGGACAACAAAUUCAACUAUUCUUUGAAUCAAAUCUAUCGGAAAUAACGUGUGAAAAAUGUAAUUUAAAUAUGGUCAAAGAAAUUCGUGUAUUAAGAUGGCCAACAGUACUAUUGAUCCAUCUACAUAAGAAGAAAGACGCAGCAUCUACGAGAAAACCACUUACAUUAAUUCAUUUAGAACAAUAUAAUCAUCGCUCAAAUGUGUGUAUGUCAACAACAUCAUCAUAUUGUAUGUGUACAUUCACUUCGUUGACCUCAAAUGGUAAAACAAUCACAUUCGCAAGAUCAAAGAAACAAUGGAAAUCAUCAUCAGAUACAACGAAAUCGUAUGGUGAAGGUGAUCAAAUUGUAUCCCGUUAUUGUCAAACUGUGUUUUUAAUUUUACAACAAAUAAGAAGUCCGACAGUCAGUUUUUUCAAUGCAUUAAGUAAGAUUUGUGAAGUAGAAAUAGAUUUUCGUGACGGUUCCUGUGAAAGUUUAUCUGAUGCAAUUUAUUCUAUUGAACAAGAUCCUCACUGUCGAAACUUAUUGCGAGUUUUAAGGAUGAAUUCAAUAUCAUUUUUUGAAUGCCCUCGAUGUGGUGAUAAAGUAAAAUCGGACUUAUACUCGUUAAACAAUGGUAUUCAUCUAUUCGAACAAACAGCAGAUGAAACAUUUUCUGCCAAACCAGUAUUAAAAAACCUAGCAUUAAACAACAAUGUUUGUGCCAUAUGUAGCUUUAAUAUCAAAGAUGAUUCGGUACUCAACGUGUCAUACCAACAAUUUCAAACAUUACCAUCGUAUUUAUUAUUCAUGUUUUCAACAAUAACGGAAGAAUUGUUAGCAUCUGUCGUCAAAAUUGAUGAAACAAAAUUCUAUUUGUUGGCAUUAUUAAUAACAGGUCGAUAUAAAGAUAGUUUAACAAUUAUUCGUCUUACCCCAGAGAACUUUCAGCUCUUUGUCAAAAAAACAUAUCAUACAGGUCGAAAAUGUACAACAAUCGAAAUAUUAGAUUAUUGUGAAACAACAUCGUGUGUCGUUGGAAUAUUUCAACAAAUAUCGCAAAACGAAACUUAA